AUUCAACAGCAACCACCAAUCGACUUGAUCAAGUACAGGACCAGAAUUAUGCCUACCAACUGGGUCCCACUCGAGAGCAACCCCGAGGUCAUGAACUCGUGGGCGGAGAAGGCCGGCCUUGUCACCAAGCUCACGCAGUUUAGCGAUGUGUAUGGUCUAGACAACGAGCUCCUCGGCAUGGUACCGCAACCAGUCAAGGCCGUCCUUCUUCUCUUCCCCAUCAGCGAUCAACUGGAGGCUAAGCGUCGUGAGGAAGAUGAGAAGAUCAGGACGCACGGUCCUCCCAAGGUCGAUCCCACUGUGAUGUGGAUUAAGCAGACGAUCUCCAACGCAUGCGGCACUAUUGGCUUGCUUCAUGCUAUCACGAACUCCGACGUCACCAUCGUGCCCGAAAGUCCCUUGGCGAAGUUCAUCGACGAAGCGCGGGAGAAAACACCCGCCGAACGAGCCGAACUCCUUGAGAAGACCUCACUCUUCGCCGACAUCCACUCCGAAGCCGCGCAAAGCGGCCAAUCCGCCGUACCCACAAACCUCGACACCAACCUGCACUUCACCUGCUUCGUCAAAGCGCCGGCUGUACGCGUCGACGACGCUUCGCCUGCCGGCAACGCAGGAAGUACGGAAGGCGUCGCGCCGUCGGGCUUCCGCGUGCUGGAGCUCGACGGGCGGCGAGAGGGCAUUGUCGACCGCGGGGAGUGCAAGGAUUUGUUGCAUGACGUGGCACAAAUCGUAAAGGACAACUACAUGGCAGCUGCGGCCAGUAUGGAGUUCAGCAUGAUGGCUUUCGGUCCUCCGCCAGACUGGUGAAUCUGUCGACCCAAGAUUUUAGUUUCGGUGAUUCUUGUUCUUGCCCUCUGACACAACUGCUGUUUUCAUUGCCGCACAUGAACGACAUAGCCCACGAAUUGACAAUGAGGAUACGGGGGGCCGAACACUCACGUGAAUCACGCAUGACCAUGAGUGCAAGCGAAAACGUG